AUGGCAAUCUGUAUUACAUUUGGCACGCAUGGUGAGUUACAGUUCUGGUUGAAGCAGCUUCAGACAUCGGAGUGGGACUUGUCGUCAGGACUUGUCUCCGGUGUUUACCCUGGCGGGACCCAGUCCACCCCAUCUAUAUUACACCAGACUGACACGCGCACAGAGUUCACUUCCAUGCUGGAGGGCUACGAGAAUGUCCGAGCUUAUUGCUACAACUGCCAACACUGGAACGGACAUUGUCUGACACGAUGGCCAUUCUUUACUGUCUGCUUUGUUCCUUUGAUCCCACUUGCUAUGCACAAGUAUAAAGAAGUCACCUGCUAUACUUGCCGCUUCACUCAAGACCUACGGGACCGGCCUGACAUCACGCCGGACACAAGACCGCCCCCAAAUAUGCAAUGGGGGCCUCAACCUCCCCCUGGGGCUCAAUGGCAACAACCUCAACCGCAGCCGCCCCCACAGGCUCAUGGGGCCCAGCAGUUGCCCGAUGGCUACAAGUAA